UCUUUAUUGUUUGGAAUCUCCAUGGUUAGCAAUACUUCCGGCAAUAAUAGUUAGUCUACAAAACACACCAUUUACUCAAAAUGAGCUUGUUAAAUCAAGGAAGAAACGAAAUUCGGUUCAAUAACUCAGAUGGCAAGUGUUUGUUGGAAAACUGGGUGGAGGAGCGACAAGUUGCAGAUUUCGAUAAGAUAGACAAAGAUGAAAAGAUCACAAGUAGUGCUCAGAUAUUCCGAGAUGGACAUUCAGGGAUCCUAACAACAGACCUUGGUGCUAAACCUGAGAAUGUUACCACAGUUCGCCAUUCCUACAAAACACCAGAACCAUGUGGUGUCAGGCUUGUUGGUAAAAAGGAAGAAUUACACAAACUUAUGCUAUUAGAAAAAGUUGGGAGAGAAGUGUUUGCAGAUGAACUGAACCCACCUCAGGCAGAGCCCACAGAUUUCAGAUCAGUAACAAUGAAAGAUUUCAAUAAACCUGAAUUUGUCAGCAAAAAGCCAGUUCCCACAAAGACACACGACUACAGAAAAGAUCAGCCGGUUACAUUCUGGUCAGAGCACAAAGAUGUCAUUCAUGGAGUUUCCCAAUUAAAAACUGGAGACACACCCUUCAGGAAAAAUGAUGCUUUCAGUAAACCCAUAGGCGAAUACUGGAAUGAACCUGCAUCCUAUGAACUUGAAGACUACCCCAAGAUGUGAACAAAUAAUGUUGUCAUAAAUCUAUGAACUACUGAUAAUGGAUUUUUUCAUUUCCAUGCAUCUUGCUAAAGAACAUACAAUCUGUAUGGAACAUUUUAUUUUGAAGAUGUUUAAACACUCAAAACAGGACUUUUUCUAAGGAAGACAAUUUGAUAUUUGCACAGUUAAUAAGAGUGGAUUUUUGGUGUGUCUGUAGAAAAUAUUCUUGUGUUGCAUAUGUUGAGUCGACACACAGUUUCAGGAAAAAUUAUCAACAGACACCUCUAAUAAUAUGAAACUUUUACAGCAAUAACAUUAGAUAUAUCUAGCAGUGAAUAAGAUAGUUGGAAAUAUUGAAUUAAAUGUUACCAUUAUGCCUGAUAUAUUUGGUGACAGAAUUAUAUUGUACAGCCUUGUUAGUAUCUGAAUUAUCUUGGUGGAGAAAGGAUCACACUUUUGCAAUAUAGAGCAUGUACAGGUGACACAUCAAUGUUAUUUGAAGAAUACCCUCCAGUUGUCACUGUUGCAUAUAAAUAUUUUAUGUAGAGUUUAUAUGCAUGUGUAUAUUGAAAUGCAAAUGGAGUCAGUUUUAUGAUUAUGAACCCACAAUUAUUAAAAGAUUUCAAUUGUU